GAGAAAUUCAUGUCAUAUAAAAGAAAGUCCGUUCAGUCGACGCUUCAUCAGUUUUUGUCGAUCAGCUAAACCAAGCAAACCAAAUAAUAUUUCAAGAUUUUAAGAAUUAAAUUCAACAUCACACAUCAAACAUGUUCAAAAUUCUGUGCCUAUUUGUCCUGGUUUCGGCCAUUGCUGCCAAUGCCAUCCCAAUGCCUUCGGUUCCAGCGCCACUUCCGAUGUUGAUUCGGCAUGCCCGGGCAGCUGAGAUGCCAACGGAACCCAAAGAAGUACAAUCUACCGGGGAAGCUGCUGAAUCGGCUGACGACAUGGAGAAGGCGGAAACGUUCGGAUUUGGAUUCCACAAGCACAUCUACGUUAGCCCAUCGUACGGAUAUGGUGGAUACUAUCCUUACAGCUAUGGAUACGGAUACGGAUAUCCCAGCUACGGAUUCGGUGGUUAUGGAUACCCUUACUACUACUAAGAGGGUGCAAUGAAUUCAAAAUGUUUCGUUUCUGUCGCAAAAAAAUGGUGCAAUAAUUUAUUUAAUUUGAGUAAAUUUAAUUUAUUUUUAAA